UCGGUGCGGACCUGGUACCUCUUUUGUGAAGCGGUCGCUGGGGAGAUUUCCGGCGUUCACCAUGGCCGACGAAAAGCCCAAGGAAGGCGUCAAGACCGAGAACAACGAUCAUAUUAAUUUGAAGGUGGCGGGUCAGGAUGGUUCUGUGGUGCAGUUUAAGAUUAAGAGGCAUACACCGCUUAGCAAACUAAUGAAAGCCUAUUGUGAACGACAGGGUUUGUCAAUGAGGCAGAUCAGAUUCCGAUUCGACGGGCAGCCAAUCAAUGAAAUAGAUACACCUGCAAAGUUGGAAAUGGAGGAUGAAGAUACAAUUGAUGUGUUCCAGCAGCAGACAGGAGGUGUCUACUAACAGAGCCCACGACUCUCCUCCAGAACUCAGCUCCUCCAGACCAGGAAGACAUUCGCAAUUCGAAAACCGCAAUUUGAUUCCACCACAUCCUGACUACUACAGUUUAGUUUUCUCUAUUCUUUCAUUCUCCCCUUCCUCAUUCCUUUAUUGUACAUAA